AUGAAUCCCAAGGAGUGCACAACAGUGCCACAGCAGCCGACGACGCCUGCCAUGCACGACUGCUCGCGCGAGAGCAAAAGGCUGAAGCCGGAGAUAAGAGUAGUGCACGUAAAUUCACCGGAGAUCAUCAAGACAGAUGCAGCAAACUUCCGUGAGCUCGUACAAAGGCUCACCGGGAAGCCGACCAUAGGAAUCGGUAAAAAGAAGAAGAAGAAGAAGAAAAGGAAAACACUUUGCAUGACAGCCCAGGGAGAGGUGGCUCCGAGGUGCAAACCAGUCGAGGUUAUGGGAGGACAGAAGGAGAAGCACGAGGAGUAUGAUGGGUGUGGGGAAGGAGCAAAGAGAGGCUCGGAGGUGGAAGAGACGAGAGAAUUGUGGGUGGAGAAGAAUUCGGGUUGUUUCUCUGGUAAGUUCGGGGAGAUGGAUAGUUUCCUCCAAGAGCUGAGUGAUGUUCCACUGCCUCCAUGGUGUUCUCCUCGAGUGGAAGUGGUAGGAGAAGGCACCUGCUUCCUACCAGAAGAAAUAGGAGAUUAA